ACGGCUCUAUGGUCCCUCCCAUGUCCGCAACCGGAAACAUCAUUUUGCGUCAAUAUCCUGCGACUGUUUAUGUCCGGUAGUCGUUAGUCUUAGGGCGAAGGGCACGGAUGUUGUAACUCCUCAUAUUUUGAGCCACUAUACCGUAUCUCAGUCACACAUUUGUCUUACGACGCAAUCGUCACAAACCUUUCAGUAGCUCGUAGCAAUCGUUAUCCCUUAAGUCAUUUUAUCUCUACGGGUAUAGGAGAAGAUGGGGGAAAGCUGUGAAGGUGCAGGUUCUUGUUCCAUUGAAAAACAUAGUUAAACUUCACUAUUGAUGCUGCUUUGACCGAUUGCUUUCCUGUUCACAUUAGUUUGCAUGGCUGUGUCAGAUUCCUGAUCAGAGAGGAUGACAUCGGAGGCUGCUGUCUCCACACCUUCCCCUGCUAGCAGCAGUAAUGGACCUGCUACAAGAGAUUACUACUGGCUUCGCUCCUUUGUGGCUGGAGGUGUAGCAGGAUGCUGUGCGAAGACUAGCAUCGCCCCCCUAGACAGAGUCAAAAUUCUUCUUCAGGGCCAGAACCCCCAUUACAAACAUCUUGGGGUGUUUUCCACUUUCAUGGCUGUGCCAAAGAAAGAAGGCAUCCUGGGCCUGUACAGGGGUAAUGGUGCAAUGAUGGUCAGGAUAUUUCCUUACGGAGCCAUUCAGUUCAUGGCCUUUGACAAAUAUAAAAAGCUGCUGAAUAAACGGAUUGGGAUCUCAGUACACAUCCAUCGACUCAUGGCAGGAUCUAUGGCAGGCAUGACUGCGGUGAUAUGCACCUACCCUCUGGACGUGGUCCGAGCUCGGCUGGCCUUCCAGGUGAAGGGUGAUCAACGCUACUGUGGAAUUAUUGAUGUUUUCCGCUCCAUUUAUCGCAAGGAGGGCGCAUCUGGAUUUUAUAGAGGCCUGACUCCAACUCUUGUUGGAAUGGCGCCUUAUGCAGGUCUCUCCUUCUUUACCUUUGGCACCCUGAAGAGUCAGGGCUUAAAGCACUUCCCGGAGCAGAUGGGCCGCCCCUCGUCAGACAACCCAGAUGUGCUCGUUCUGAAAGCCCACAUCAACCUGCUCUGUGGAGGGGUUGCCGGUGCCUUCGCUCAGACUGUCUCCUACCCCUUGGAUGUGGCAAGGAGGAGGAUGCAGUUAGGAUCUGUGCUUCCUGAUUCAGAUAAAUGUGGAUCGCCUUUCAAGACUCUGAAGUACGUGUAUAACACAUAUGGUAUCAAGAGAGGACUGUACCGAGGCCUUUCUCUUAACUACAUCCGCUGCGUGCCCUCACAGGCCAUGGCCUUCACCACCUACGAGUUUAUGAAGCAAGUCCUCCAUCUGAACUAGUCAUCUCCUGAGCCUGAACGAUCAGAUCGUUGACCCGAUCAGCUUCCGCGUUUCCCUGAUGGAGUUACCACGAGUUCACUCUGUAUAUCUUACUGUAGUUCAGCUCCCCACAGAAACCAGGAGAGUCAAUAAUAAAGAAAAAGGGGGACUAUAGUGUCGAAAAGCUGGAGGCUGUAAUUCCCCUUCAUCUCUGUCAUUACUGAAAACAUUUUUGUUUUAAAACAUUCUUACGAUUUCUUGAUCAAGCAGCACCAAAGCAGCCCUGGAAUGUUUAACAAACGCAGUCAUAUUUUAAUCAUUUAUCACAAUUUAAAUAAUUGUAAGCACUAUUUUUUCUUUCUGUUGAAUGAAAGAAUUUAAUUUUGUUCUUUAAAUUAUUAUGUUUGUCAUUGUACAGCUGCUCCUUUAUAUCCUUACACUUUUUUUCUUCUGUUUAAGUUUACCAAGUUGAUGUAAGAGGUAGGUGCUGCUAAAUGGUGAUAUUUACGAUUUCUUUGUACAUCCUUGACUGAGCGUGUUUUUAGUUUUGCAAUGCAGUAUUUUGGAAAAAAAAAAAUGUUUGUUUUUGUUUUGCUUUCUCAGUACAUAUCAGCAUAAAUAUUGUUUGUGCAUGCCACAUGAUAUUAUAUUAUCUCAAAACAGCCUUCCAUUUAAUUUUCAGGUCUUAAACGGAGCAAUUUUUGUUUCUGUUUUAUGUUCUGCUAAACACGUAUUCAUGUUUCUUAACAUGCAUUUAAUGUCAAGAGUGAGUCUCUUCUAGCUGUGAUGAUGUCGCUUGAUGUACAACCAUAAGAUUUUACAGGGAACUCAGGUUUAAAUUGCACUGAAGCUUUUUAUUUAUUGCUUUAGCAACAUGUUGCCACUGGGUGGCAGUAUUGAAACAAGGUGUAAACGGUUAUCCAGCCCUCCACACUGCAAACCUCAUACAUAGACGUUACAUGCUUGAUUUGGCCUGAUCAGACACAACAAAACAAAACGUAUUACUGCUGUUUCGUAGCUAUUUGCUAUUUAAUCAUUUUAACCCCAGAUUUCAGAGUCAACUGAGCUAUUACUUUGUAAUAAAGACAUCUCUUCGAUCAAAAAAAGAAGAAAUUUACAGCUUCAUCUAAGUUCAGAUGAAAAGAAAAAGACUAUUUAACUCUUAACAGCAGUCAG